AUGCCUAUCUACCAGGUUAUCCAUGGCAUUUCCUUGACUCCCUACCAAAAAUCGCUUCUCGCCGAACGCAUUACUGUGCUCCACAGCACCGAAUACCUGACGCCGUCACUCUUCGUCAACGUGAUUUUCCACCCAGCCGAACCGGUCGGCGACUUCUUCCUCGCGGGAAAGCUGUACAACAACGGCGCCACCUCUCCCAACCGUAUCAUUGGCACCGUGCGGACGGGUCCCAAGCGCACCAAAGAGCGGUUUGACAACUUUGCCAAGAAACUCGAGGCGGCUUGGUACGAGGUCGUCAACGGACCAAAGCAGGCCGGCCAAACCAACGGCGUCCACGGCCAUGGCGGGGAAUUGAGCAAGGAGGAACGGAGAGCUAGGAAGUUGCACAUUGUGGGCUUCGAGGGUGUCAUUACUGGGAUUGAGAACGGCGUGGUUCUUCCAAGUGCCGACAACGAGGGAACAUGGUUGAAAGACAACAUGGCGUACUUUAAGGAACAGGCCGAAGUCUAUGACGACCAACCGUUCCAGGACCUGUUGAAAGAGCUGCGAGAACGUCCUGAUUUGAGGAAAUUGAUUGAGUGA